UUAUUCUACCUUCUGUUUAAACAAACCAUCUGCAGUCUCCAAGUGUAUUAUCUAAGCAACCGAUUCAGAUAAGAAAGAGACACCCAAAAAAGUGAUAGAUAACACUUCCAAUCUCAUUCUUUUAUUCGUUCCCAAAGACAAAUGAAGAUUAUUUUGUAGCAUUCAUUCUAAUUUUGGCAGCCAAACAGACAACACCUGAUCCAAAUGGAUCUACUCAGUGCCGAAGAAUGUCUGCUCAUAGCACAGCGCACGCUGAAGGAUAAGGACAAAUCGCAGAGCUUGCUCUUGGAUUCCCAACUGGAGCCGGGCUCCAAUGACCUCAUGGGUUACAUGGGCGAAUACUACAAAUUGAGAUUGAUAGUUGAGGACAUUAAAGAUAAAGACAGACAAGAACUGGAUUAUUUUAUUAAGAGUUUGCCGCGCAAAAAUGAACCACAACGUGCAGAGUGCGAGCGCAAAGGAGUUUUCCGCAAGGAAUCUGCGAUAUACACAAAAAUUCUACCAAAUGUACAAAAAUAUGCCACAAAGAAACUGUUUCCCCGGUGCUUCUACAGUCGCAAUGAUAUCUUAGUCCUGGAAGAUCUCACGCUGGAAUAUCGACAUCUGAAGGCCACAGAGAGCUAUACUUUGGAGCACUAUAAACUGGUACUCGAACAUUUGGCGGAGGUACAUGCCGCCAGCAUAGCCUGGGAGGAAGAGGAACAAUUCAACAUUGGAGAGCGCUACAAGGAUGUGCUGAUUGAGCUGCACUUGAGCACGGAGAACUCCUGGUUCAUGACGGGACUUAAAGCAAUUGUCUUCCUGGCUGCCAGACAUCCCCAAUAUCAAACGGUGGAACAUCAGAGUUUCAUCCACAAUAAACUCUACAAUCUGCUGACCAAAUCCGAGGAACUGGUGACUCCCUCUCUGACCAUAAGGAAUGUGCUGUGCCAUCGGGACACCUGGGAUAGAAAUAUCUUCUUUCGAUUUGGUUCGGAAUCUUCCGUUCUGCCCAGUGCCUGUUGCAUUGUGGACUUUCAGCUAACUAAAUACUGUUCCCCCACACUCGAUGUUCUCUUUUUGCUCUACAUUGUGGCCUCGGCUGAUGUGCGCCAGGAGAUAUAUGACGAAUCCCUAGAGCACUACCACAUAUCGCUGCAAUCCCACUUAAUCCGUCUGGGGUUGGAUGGGGAACUCAUUUCGCGUGAAAAUUUCCUAAAGGAAUGCCAACGCACACGUCUGGCUGCUCUGAUCAUCUGGGCACUCACCGAGCCCCAGACCAAGAUGUCGUCCAGCAUUUCGAAUCGCCUACGAUCCGAGGAGCCCGAGAAGUUUGACUAUUAUCUGAACACAGAUCGCAGUGAGUUGCUGUUGAGGGUGAUGAAGCUUCAGCCUGGCUACGAGCAGACUAUAAUGUCACCAGUGAAGGAACUGGUGGAUUAUCUCAUGGAGAAUGAACAUUUGUAUGCAUAGAACAUUUGAUCUUAUCGUGCACUGAACUUGAGAUAAUAAAGUGUCUGUCUGCUUGAGAUUUAUCGUGCUUCUAGUGCUCUAAACUUUGGAUAAA